UCGGGUGUGCGUGCGUGCGUGCGUGUUUGCGUGUGGUCACAGUUCCCGCCAUCAGCCGCUCUCCCUAACUGGGGGAGUGAGCGGCCCCUCUCCGUACCCGGUAUCCCUUCCUUCGUGACCCCCAGCUCCUCCCCCUCCACGCGGACUCCGUGCUUCCGGCAGGCCUGUCCAAAGCUCCGACUCGCAGGUACAGCUGAGUUGAUGGCACCUGGAGAACUGGCAUAGCUGCAGAAUAUGAGUAGUUCCCCAAGAAGAGUGCAUUGCCUUUGGCACAAGGAUCAGAAUAAAGGUGAACUGUUAUUACAUAGGGUUUUUCAGUAAAAGUCUCUGAAAAAUCCUUUAGAAUCAUGAAGGAAGGUAAAAGUUGGCCAUAUUGCCAUGGGCACUCACAUUGAGAAUGGAACCUUUAGUAUUCCUGAUUGUCAUGGUUGGUAAUGCUGCAAAAUGCAAAAUUUAGACACUAAAUGGACUCAGGUACAUGGCUAAGGAGAGAGCAUGUACAGAAAAAAUAAAAGACUCUGUCAGGUGAAGGUGUAUUUUUUCUUUUUAAUUUGGCUAGAAGCAAUUUAUUUUUAAAGAAAAUAUGUCUCCUCUGAAGAUACAUGGCCCUAUCAGAAUUCGAAGUAUGCAGACUGGGAUUACAAAAUGGAAAGAAGGAUCCUUUGAAGUUGUGGAAAAAGAGAAUAAAGUCAGCCUAGUAGUUCACUACAAUACUGGAGGGAUUCCAAGGAUAUUUCAGCUAAGUCAUAACAUUAAAAAUGUGGUGCUUCGACCCAGUGGAGCAAAGCAAAGCCGCUUAAUGUUAACUCUACAAGAUAACAGCUUCUUGUCUAUUGAUAAAGUACCAAGUAAGGAUGCAGAGGAAAUGAGGUUGUUUCUAGAUGCAGUCCAUCAAAACAGGCUUAAUGCAGCCAUGAAACCUUCUCAGGGUUCUGGUAGUUUUGGAGCUAUUCUGGGCAGCAGGACCUCACAGAAGGAAACCAACAGGCAGCUUUCUUAUUCAGACAAUCAGGUCUCUUCAAAAAGAGGAAGUUUGGAAACUAAAGAUGAUACUCCAUUUCGAAAAGUUCUUGGUAAUCCAAGUAGAGGAUCGAUUAAGGCUGCAGCAGGAAAUGGAGUAACUCCUGCCCGGACAAUUCCCUCUUUGACAUCUACAUCCACACCUCUUAGAUCAGGGUUAUUAGAAAAUAGGACUGAAAAGAGAAAAAGAAUGCUGUCAUCUGGCUCAGAGUUGAAUGAAGAUUACCCUAAGGAAAAUGAUUCAUCAUCGAACAACAAGGCUAUGACAGAUCCCUCAAGAAAGUAUUUAACCAGCAGUAGAGAGAAGCAACUGAGUUUGAAACAGUCAGAAGAGAAUAGGACAUCAGGGCUUCUACCUUUGCAGUCGUCAUCUUUUUAUGGUAGCAGAACUGCAGCCAAGGACUAUUCUCCUGGCAGCACUAACUUAGACAGGACUAAUAUUUCAAGCCAAACUCCAUCUGCCAAAAGAAGUUUGGGAUUUCUUCCUCAGCCAGCUCCUCUUUCUGUUAAAAAACUGAGGUGUAACCAGGAUUACACUGGCUGGAACAAGCCAAGAGUGCCCCUUUCCUCUCACCAACAGCAGCAACUGCAGGGCUUCUCCAAUUUGGGAAAUACCUGCUAUAUGAAUGCUAUUUUACAAUCUCUAUUUUCACUCCAAUCAUUUGCAAAUGACUUGCUCAAACAAGGUAUCCCAUGGAAGAAAAUUCCACUCAAUGCACUUAUCAGACGCUUUGCACACUUGCUUGUUAAAAAAGAUAUCUGUAAUUCAGAGACCAAAAAAGACUUACUCAAGAAGGUUAAAAAUGCCAUUUCAGCUACAGCAGAGAGAUUCUCUGGUUAUAUGCAGAAUGAUGCUCAUGAAUUUUUAAGUCAGUGCUUAGACCAGCUGAAAGAAGAUAUGGAAAAAUUAAAUAAAACUUGGAAGAUUGAACCUAUUCCUGGAGAAGAAAAUUCACCAGAUAUUUCAGCUACUAGAGUAUACACUUGCCCUGUUAUUACUAAUUUGGAGUUUGAAGUUCAGCACUCCAUCAUCUGUAAAAUAUGUGGAGAGAUUAUUCCCAAAAGAGAACAGUUUAAUGACCUCUCCAUUGACCUUCCUCGAAGGAAAAAGCCACUCCCUCCUCGUUCAAUUCAAGAUUCCCUUGAUCUUUUCUUUAGAGCAGAAGAACUUGAGUAUUCCUGUGAGAAAUGUGGUGGGAAAUGUGCUCUUGUCAGGCACAAAUUUAACAGGCUACCCAGAAUCCUCAUACUUCAUUUGAAACGAUACAGCUUCAAUGUUGCUCUCUCACUUAACAACAAGAUUGGGCAGCAAGUCAUCAUUCCAAGAUACCUGACCCUCUCAUCUCAUUGCACUGAAAAUACGAAACCACCCUUUAACCUUGGUUGGAGUGCACAGAUGGCAGUUUCUAGACCAUUGAAAGCCUCUCAAAUGGUGAAUUCCUGCAUCACCAGCCCUUCUACACCUUCAAAGAAUUUCACCUUCAAAUCCAAGACCUCCUUGGCUUUAUCCCUUGAUUCAGACAGUGAAGAUGAGCUUAAACGCUCUGUGGCCCUUAGCCAUAGGCUUUGUGAAAUGUCAGGCAGUGAACAGCAGCAGGAGGACCUGGAAAAGGAUUCAAAAUCAUGCAGAAUAGAACCUGAUAAAUCUGAAUUGGAAAACUCUGGAUUUGACGGAAUGAGUGAAGAGGAGCUUCUAGCAGCUGUUUUAGAGAUAAGUAAAAGAGAAGCUUCACCAUCUCUCAGUCAUGAAGAUGAUGAGAAACCAACUAGCAGCCCUGAUACUGGAUUUGCAGAAGAUGAUAUUCAAGAAAUGCCUGAAAAUCCAGACUCUGUGGAAACUGAGAAGCCGAAGACAAUCACAGAGCCUGAUCCUGCAAGUUUUACUGAGAUAACUAAAGACUGUGAUGAAAAUAAAGAGAACAAAACUCCAGAAGGAUCUCAAGGAGAGGUUGAUUGGCUCCAGCAGUAUGAUAUGGAGCGUGAGAGGGAGGAACAAGAGCUUCAGCAGGCAUUGGCUCAGAGCCUCCAGGAGCAAGAGGCUUGGGAACAGAAAGAAGAUGAUGACCUCAAAAGAGCUACAGAGUUAAGUCUUCAAGAGUUUAACAACUCUUUUGUGGAUUCAUUGGGCUCUGAUGAGGACUCUGGAAAUGAAGAUGUUUUAGAUAUGGAGUACACAGAAGCUGAAGCUGAGGAACUGAAAAGAAAUGCUGAGACAGGAAAUCUUCCUCAUUCCUAUCGGCUCAUCAGUGUUGUCAGUCACAUUGGUAGCACUUCGUCUUCAGGUCACUACAUUAGUGAUGUGUACGACAUUAAGAAGCAGGCAUGGUUUACAUAUAAUGACCUAGAGGUAUCUAAAAUCCAAGAGGCUUCUGUGCAGAGCGAUCGAGAUCGGAGUGGCUACAUCUUCUUUUAUAUGCACAAGGAGAUAUUUGAUGAGCUGCUGGAAACAGAAAAGAACUCUCAGGCACUUAACCUGGAAGUGGGGAAGACCACUCGUCAGGUUUCAUGAGGAACAAACCCCUGGGUUGGCAGUGUGCACUGCAUAUUCUUUCUUACUGCCACCCACUUCUCUUUCCUCUGCCUGAGAAGAAUUUGGAACUCUACUUGAUGCGGGAGCAACAAACAGCUCAGGGCCAAACCAAAAGACGAGAACUGCAAUUAUGCGGAACGCUCCAUAUUAAUUGUUUUAUGGAAACUGGUCUCACAUCUGUAGCUGAUUAUCCUUUUUUUUCUCCUACAAGAGUGGCACUUCCUUUUGUCUUAGGAAUACAUGUUGUAAAUAUAUAUAUAUAUGUACAUACACACAUAUUUGUGGAAUGAAUGGAGCCUUAAACAGUUAGAAUAGGCCACCAGAGUAUGCCUGCUCAAAAUUAAUAGCACAGCAGUUUGGAAAAGAAAAGUUGUCAAAGAGUCCAUUCACCUGAGAAAUGUAUGCAGAUAUACAUAUCAUUUGGCAUUUAGCUUUUAUGUUCCUUCAGUGAUUUCACUCAAGUCUGAUCUUUCAUGUGUGUUUCUUAUUAGUACACUGGAAAGCCAGCUCCCCAUGUUACACUAAUGACAGUUUGUCCUCCUGGCAAAGGAGGGGCAUUUCUGCCAUCUGACUUGAGGAGCUUUUAUAAAAAAAUAUAUAUUUCAUGGAUUUGUAAUGCUUUUGCUGUUUACAUGCAGUCCCAAGAAAUGGAUUUUUGGUGCUUUGGAAUGUGCUGUGUUGCCACAUUUGAUAUUCAUUGUACACUUUGUUUUCUUUCAAAAGAAUCUUCACACAGUAUGUUCAUUGUGUAUCAUCUGUAUUAUUGUGGUGAAGAUAGAAUCUUUUGUUUUUCUUCUGUGUCAUUCUUCCAUGGAGCAAGCAUUACCCUAACAGACUGAAGAAAAACUGUAAGAGGUAGGAAAGUGAUGUCCCAGUUGGGACUCCCCAACAAGAAUACCUAAGGAAAAUGAAGAAUACUAGCAUCUCUGUCUCCCAGACAUAGAGAGGUCAGGAGGAGUAUUCUUGUGUUCAAGCUGAAACUCUGGACCACUAAAGCUGAAAGCCCUGCUGCAAAGGUGAAAUUGAGCGCGUGAGCUGCGGGAAAAGCUUAACCAUUAAUCAUUUGCCUUGCUAUUCAAACAGGGUGGGAAUUAAAAUGUGAUAGGUUUAGGUAAUUCCAGAAGCUAACGAAUAACAAAGGUGCAUAAUAGAUUUAUUACUUUUUAGGUGCUUUGAGUUGAGGUCAAAUAGGGGUGCAACAUUUAAGUGAGUUAUAUCACUCAGCUGACAUAACCUGCUUGGUUAAGCAGCUUGUGAAACCAUAUAAAGAAUGAGUUUGAGAGUAGAAUUCUCUGUUCCUAAAAUAAUUUUGUGAGCCCAGGAAUCAUUAGGAUCACACAGAGUUAAGUAUAGCAAAAUGAAACCUUCAACAUUUUCUUUCAUUUUUAAGCCCAUCAUCACAGAAAAUGUAACAUCUUUUCUAGAAGAUUGCCUUAAGAGAGCUCCAGCCCUACUCCUGAAACUUGGAUAUGGGAAAAAAAAAAAAAAGAAACUUGGAUAUGUUCUGACAUAGUAACCUGUUCUAAAAUGCUGAAUCUUUCUAUUGUAAGUGGCCCCAGCACUUUUGCUUAACUACUGAUGAAAGCUUUGUCUCCUACCUGUCAAUGUAGUGAAUGUUGCUGAAUGGUGUGGUGGUAGGAUAUGCAGGAGCAGUAUAGAGCAGGGGAAAAUACUUGUUUAAAAAGCUAGCUUUUAAAAUUUUGUUUCCACUAGGGAGGCUUUUUUUUUCCCCUUGGGGAAAAAACUGUUUUCUCAUAUAUGAGUGAAGUGGUAAUCAAAUUCUUUAGUUAUUUAUUACUUCUCUGUGUCUAUACUUGAGAGUUUGAGAGAGGUGCUUUUAAAAAUGGGAAUGAUUUGACGUUAGUGGGUGCAUUUAGGGCAUUUAAACAAAUAGAAGUGAUGCCGUAAGCCCAGGUUGCCCGUGAAGUAUCUUUGUUUGACUUGCUUUUCGUAGCUUGUGUGUAUGGUUUUGAAGUACACUUGGCUUAAACCUAAUUUAAUUUGCUCUUCAUGUCUCGGGCAGGACUUAUUAGAUCAAACUAGGAGAUGAGUUAUCUCACUGCUCGUAUACUUGCAUGUUUGGGACUUGAAGUUUCCUUGAUACAUCUGUUGUUUUGGCCUGGUCAGCCUUCCUUUCUCCCUUCACUCCUUCAACUAUUACCCCUUUCACUACUAAGUUAAUUUCUCAUUUUGGUUCCGUGAAGGGUUAAUGACUACAGAUGGAAAGCUCAGCCAGACCAUAUUGAUGGGGUUUGUUUUUUGUUUUUUUGAGCUGACAGUAUUUAUUUUAAAAUUACCGGUAGAUUAUAUUUUUUGUGCAGUUUGCUCAGAAUCAGGAGAUGGGGCACUUGACAUGUUAGUGCCAGAAAGGGACAAAGUAGAUAAGGACAGAGUGCUUCAGUUCCAGGCAGCUUGCACAAUAACUAAUAUUCUAUUGAAAAUACCAAAUACGGUUACAUUACUUUAAAUGACUUUGAAUUGAAACUUGACAGUACUUAAUUUUACACACAGUUCAUCUUAAUUGGAAUAUUUUGAACGGGAAAAUGAAACUAAAAUUCAAACAUUAAUUCUUACCACCUAGUAUUACUACAAAGGAUUGGGAAGUUGCAUGUGGCCAGAUGUUACUAUCAUUUUAGAAGUCCAAACUAUAAUUUAGGCCUACAGGAAGAUAGAUUCUGUUGUGUUGGGAAUAUGUAUGUGUGUACAAACUCUGAAGUUUUGUCUCAGCAAAAUAGAAUAAGAAGCAAAUCCAUGAAUUAUUCUUCUAUUUGUAUUUUGAUUCCAAGAGCUACUUGUUUACUUGCCGUGGUCUGUUAAUUUCAGACCUAACUUAAUGGCUCAAUAACAAAUGUAAAUAUGUUUACAUUUUAAGAAGUAUACAGUGAUACUUAAAGAUCAGUUCAUUAACUCUGGGAGGCAAGUACUAGAUAUUUAUUUCUCUCCUUGAUCAAGUGUAAAAUUCUUCUAAAAGAAAAACUUGUAAGACCUCAGCAAGUGAAUUCAUGAAUUUACUUAUUCUUCCAUACUGCAGUUACCAUUAUGUAUCUAUAUAAAUACAGCUCUACACAUGUACAGCUGAAUAUGUAGUUAUAUAAUGAAAACUAUUUGGAAACACCUAAAUUAAAGAGAUUCUUGGCAGUUUCUCAUAUGUAAUUGAGCAUGACGAGUGUAGAGAGAGCAUGGGGGUUGGAGACAGGGAAAGAAAAGGUACUUUGUAAACUCAUUUGUGAUCUACUAGAAAGAGAUUAUACUAAAUAAAAAUUACCCUUCUUCCCCUUUCUUCUCUGUCCUCUGGAGUAACUAUAGUGGAUGCUCUUAGUACUUUUUGCCUUGUUUAAGUGAUUCCCCUGAAGUGGUCUUUUAUUUUAAGUCAGGGAAGCAGAGCUGGAUCUCCAAGUGGAUCCUGUAUACACAUGGAGAUUUUCAGAAAAGUCACCAGCAACCCAAUACUAGAUGCAAGUCACAUAAAAGUAUCCCCCCCAAAACAGAUACAUCUUUUUCUUUCUCCCCAUCUUGCUUUACACCAAAUAAUGAUCUUUAAAUUGUGUACAAAAACUAAACAGAUUUCUUCCCUCUUAACAUCUUUCUGAUGUGUUACUUCAGAAUUCUAAUUUUGUCUCUAUCCGUGUCUUAUUAACAUCUGAAAAAUAUAUAUAUAUAUAUUUUAUUGGAAGACAAUAGUUUGUUAGGCCUUGAGAAUUUUGUGACAGAUUUCUUUUGCUGUGUCUCACCACGACCACUGACUCCUUUAUGGCAUGCUUUGAUUACUAAACUUCAGACAGACUCUUUUGUUGUAUCACAUAUAUUUAUACACAGUAAAUUUUCCUUUCCGUGUGUGCUAUGUAUCUGAGGUUUUGAAGUUUAAAAAAUGUGCCAGUAUGGAUAUAAGCAGUUGAUUUCAGUCAUUUGGACUUAAGAAGUGCAGGGGUUUGAAGUAGAUGUCCACUGCUGUCUGAAUAGAGUAGAUGAGGGUCUGGAUCAGGGUCCAAUGCCAAAACGAGCAGUCAUCUGAACUGGUCUGUCUCAAGAACAGAGGGGUGGAAGAGAGACACACCUCGUCUUUAGGUUUACCCCCACUCUUUUUUCCUUCCAUCUCCAACUUCUCUGACCUAUCUCAGUGUUGUUUAUGCUACGGAGAGGAGAACAGAAGUAAGCUUCUUCAUCUUUAUCUAGUUGAGCCACUACCAGGCAAACCUGGCAGCUUUGGCCACAUUAUUUGUGAGGUGAUUUUCUUUGUGUUCAGAGUGACUUUUGAUUCUGAUUCAUUAUUUUGUAUGGAGCGGCACUUUAUCUGUGUUUUAGCAGAACUGUUCCUCUGUACCCCUUACGGUUUUUUCUUAUUUUUUUGUUUACCUUUUAAAUUAUGCAUAGAGUUUUUUUGUGUGUGAAAUUAAAGCCUUUAUUAACCUUG